UAAAUGAUGGGUGAUAAAAAAUGUAGUUGCACACUAUUUUCGCCGCUUUUGCAAGUCAUACGCUAACAGAUAAUAAAAUUAUUUGUUCAUAGAAAUUUGUUAAUUUUUUAAAGAAUUUUUAUAAUUAUUAUACAGAUUUUUGUACUAUUGGUUAAAAGUGAAAUCUCAAAAUGUUUUUAACACGUUCUGAAUAUGAUAGAGGCGUGAAUACAUUUUCUCCUGAAGGCAGACUUUUUCAGGUUGAAUAUGCAAUUGAAGCCAUCAAACUUGGCUCAACUGCUAUUGGUAUUUGCACUUCUGAAGGCGUAGUUUUAGGAGUUGAAAAACGUAUAACAUCGCCAUUAAUGAUUACUAGUAAGAUUGAAAAAAUUUUUGAAGUUGACAAACAUAUAGGAUGCGCUGUAAGUGGCUUAAUUGCUGAUUCACGUACAAUGGUUGAAAGAGCUCGUGCAGAAUCACAAAACCAUUGGUUUACUUACGAUGAAAAAAUGAGUGUAGAAUCAGUUGCUCAAGCUGUCUCAAAUUUAGCAAUUCAGUUUAGUGGUGAUUAUGAUAGCAAAGAACCAGCUAUGAGUCGACCUUUUGGUGUUGCUAUCAUGUUUGCUGGUAUUGACAAGAAUGGGCCACAAUUAUUUCAUUUAGAUCCAUCGGGUACUUACGUGCAAUAUAAUGCUAAAGCAAUUGGUUCUGGUAGUGAAGGUGCCCAACAAACUUUACAAGAAAAAUAUCAUAAAUCAAUGGGAUUAAACGAAGCUAUUAACUUAAUAAUGAACAUACUCAAACAAGUUAUGGAAGAUAAACUAAGUCCAACUAAUAUAGAAAUUGUCACUGUAACGCCUGAUAAAUUAUAUCAUAUGAUGGAUAAAGAAGAAUUACAAGAGGUUUUCGAUAAACUUGUGCCUUUUCCUGAUGAAACAAAGGCUGGAAGUUCAUCUUCAAUAUCUGCAUCUGUUGCUUAAUUAAUGAUUGUAUAUUUAUUUUAAGUUGAUUAAAAAAUUAAUAAUAAUAUUGGUGGUAAUUUUCACUUUUGAAAUAAAUUUUUGUUUAAUAAUUUUA